AUGGCAUCUCUCAAUAAAGUUUGGCUAACAGCCUCUGCUUGCGUCGCGUUUCUUUUCUUUGCAUUCUUUGCCUCGGUUCCCUUGGGUCAGACUGUCAAGUUGGUUCUCUUCAGGUCGCCGCCGAUCUUCGACACCAACCAAAUCCAAGCUUCCAGGCAGAAUAUCUGGGCUGAUUUGAGUGAAAAUGAAACUGACGAAGUCUUGAAUUUCUUAUACUCAAAGUCGGGUCUGAACCUGACUGAAACCUCGCAAGCUACACACCGCAGCAACCGUUUAAUGCUCAUAGAGGCAUUGAAGCCUAAUAAAACAGAUGCCCUGGCAUAUAUCAAUGGCACCUCUGGCCCUCCAGAACGGUGGGCACGGGUUAUUGUAGUCGAAGGUGAAGGUGCACCCGGAGACGUUGAGCAGGCUGUUUACUACAUGGUUGGCCCAUUACCGCCGAGUGAGAAUACUAAGGCGCUACCAUUAGAGUUCUGCUACAACUCAGACAGGAAUUAUAUCGCCAGUCCAGUUCCAUCUCCGACGCUUCUUAAUGAAUGGGUUCUCUCCUCUCUUGGCAAUAACUCGGAUGUCGUGCGGAGAUUGCUAUCAGAUGAAGCCGGCUCGAUUGAUCCAUUGACUCUGAAUGCUACAGGCAGGGCUUCCUUUACAGAAAAUGGAACUUUUAGUCUCUGGUUACAAUUUCGCCAACCGGGUGGCAAGUCAAGUGCCUCCUCACUACUGCCACAAGGUCUUUACGUCAAAAUCGAGAUCCCCACAGUAAAUCCCUCAACUUGGAGGAUGUUGCAGUGGUACUACAACAACAUCCUCUACGACUCCAUAUAUGAUCUUAAGGGGGCAAUGAAAUCCCCUGGAUUUGAAAUAUGCCCACUCAAUCGAGACGGUGAUUGGACUGAUACGGUAGAUUUGACAAAAGGAGAUCCUGGAAGACAGAAACCUCCACCUUUGAUGGUGCAGCCUCAGGGCUCAAGAUUCUCUGUAGACAAGCAGCAGAAUUUCUUUAGCUGGAUGGGUUUUGAGUUCUUCAUUUCAACCUCAGCGGAUACUGGAGUAACUCUACACGACAUUCGAUUCAACGGAGAUAGUGUCAUCUAUGAACUCGGCCUUCAAGAGGCAUUAUCCCACUAUGCAGGAGAUGACCCAGCUCAAGGUGGCUUGGAGUUUCUAGAUACUGUUUUCUUAAUGGGUUUGAGAACGUUCGAGCUUGUGCCAGGGUACGACUGCCCUGCCUAUGCGACCUUCAUCUCCACAACUUUCAACCAACAAGGGUCAUCGAUAACUAUUCCAAACAGCAUCUGUAUUUUUGAAUAUACAGCUGAUUACCCUCUGCAACGCCACACCGCGGACUCCCAAGUCUCUGUCUCGAGAAAUACCUACCUUGUUGUCAGAUCUGUGUCAACGGUGGGCAACUAUGACUACACGAUCGAGUACAUAUUUUAUCUUGAUGGAUCAAUUGAAGUUAAAUAUCGCGCAAGUGGUUAUAUCUUUGGCGCCUUUUGGCCUUCCAAGGGGGAGAAGAAGAAUGAGUACGGAUACAGGGUUCACGAUGCAGUUGCAACUAGUAUGCACGACCACGUGCUAAAUUUCAAGGCCGACCUCGAUGUUGACGGGACUUCCAACACGCUCACGCGAGUUGCAAUUGAACCUGUCUCACUUGAAUACCCUUGGGAUGACAAACAAACGACGCCUCGAAAUACCAUGCAUCUCGUACAACAUCCUGUCGAUAUGGAGGCCGGAAUCGACUGGCCACGUAACUCGGGGGAGAUGUACAUUGUCACCAGCGAAAACUCGACAAAUAUCUGGGGCGAGAAGAGAGGAUAUCGCAUCCAGCCGGGCACAGGAAUGGGCACGCCAAUGCAUCUCUCAAUCCUAAACUCAACGUCAUUAGGGAAAUCGGCCGAGUGGUCGUCUCGCGAUCUUUGGGUGGUGAAGCAGAAAGACACGGAGCCCAGGAGCGCCAGCCAUCUGAAUUACUUCGAUCCUUUGCAUCCGCUAGUCGACUUUAGUAAAUUUCUCGAUGAUGAAGAGAUUCUGCAGGAAGAUUUGGUUAUAUAUUUCAACAUAGGCUCUCACCACGUCCCUAAUUCGGGGGAUAUUCCAAAUACGCUGAUGCACACAGCUUCCUCAUCAGUAAUGUUCACACCAUUCAACUUCCAUGAUAGGGAUCCAAGUCGCCGUUCAGCCCAGGGCGUCAAGCUCGAUUUAGAAGCCGAUGGUACGAAGCCGGAAUACUUUGGAGGGAGAAAUGAGAAGAGUGUCCAGCUGAAAGCAACUGAUAUGGAGCCGGAUUUGUCAAAAUAUGGCCAUGAGGCCAUCGGAUGGGCAAACGUGAGUUGGUUUGAUGUGUUGGUGGGCCGUUGA